CAAACUUUUCAAAAUGGUAGACGUGUAAACGCGUGAGAACGAAACUGCAUGUGUGCUCUUUCGAUGGGCAAAGCUUGCGGCAACCAGUAACUGAUUAUCGUAAAUUUUGUAGCUCGCUCGUCUUUUUCCUUGAAGCUCAUCAUGCAGAAAAUCGUGUUUCUGAUUUUUUUAACUGUAUGUAUUUUAAUAUGUGAAGCUACCCCUAAAGAUAGAGUCAAAGACGAAGAUCUUUCCAAUGAAGUUCACUGGAAAAAAGUUGACGAAGAACAUAACGAACACAAUCCAGAAUAUGAUCACGAAGCAUUCCUUGGGAAGAAAGCAGCAAGGGAGUUCGAAGAAUUAACACCAGAAGAAAGUAAAAACCGGCUUGGACAACUAUUUCACAAAGUGGACAAAAAUGGAGAUGGUGCUGUUACUGAAGAAGAAUUAAAAGAAUGGAUUCAAUUCACACAGAAUAAAUAUAUUUGGGAGGAUGCAGAGAAGCAAAUGAAACAAAAUGAUUUGGAUAAAGAUGGACAAAUUACAUGGGACGAAUAUAAAAAAUCAACAUAUGGUUUUAUGGAUGACAGUGAUAAUAAUGCUGAGCAAUAUAAGGAUAUGUUGGGUCGGGAUGAAAGACGAUUCAAACGAGCUGACAAGAACGAGGAUGGUAAAUUAAAUAAUGAAGAGUUUGCUUCGUUUUUGCACCCUGAGAAUCAUGAUCAUAUGAAAGGCUUGGUUAUUGAUGAAACACUUGAGGAUAUCGAUAAAGAUAAAGAUGGCUCCAUCAGCUUAGAUGAAUACAUUGGUGAUUUGUGGCCCGAAGAAGAUCGUGAUGGUGAAGAACCUGAAUGGGUAAAGACUGAGAAGGAACAAUUUGCUAACUUCCGUGAUAAAAAUAAAGAUGGUAAAAUGGAUAAGCAAGAAGUGGCAGAUUGGAUUCUUCCACCAGAUUAUGAUCAUGUUUCUUCUGAAGCAAAACAUUUAAUUAUGGAGUCUGACACAGAUAAGGAUGGUAAAGUAUCUAAAGAAGAAAUGGUAGACAAGUACGACCUCUAUGUUGGAAGCCAAGCCACUGAUUUUGGGGAGGCCUUAAAAUAUAAGCACGAAGAUUUAUAAAACUCUCAAUUAGAAGAAAUAUAAACAUACCUUAAGGAAUAAGUUUACUCUAAAAUUUUUUCCUCAGGUAUAUAGUCGUAUAUUUUAAAUUAUUUUAGGUUUUAUUCCUACCUUCUUCGAUUUUGUAUUCCCUGGUUUAGUUGUGUUAUUCUCUUUGUGUUUGUUGUAGCCGUUAUUUUGCAAAAUUUUAUAAAGUGUCACCUGUUAGCUUUUUUUUUAAAAAAAAAUUUCCAAUUAAA